CAUAGAUACAGAGUAAAGUUUGACUCCAAGGGGAUGAAGGUGCUCUCAGGAAAGCAUAUAGCAUAUUUUGAUCCUUGCACAGGAACUCUGCCAGUGGGAACCCGUGUGGUGGCACUUUACAAAGAUGAAGAAGCCACUCCGUCUACCUCUUUCUAUGCAGGCAUAGUAGCAGAGCCCCCAAAUGUCAGGAACAAUAACAGGUUUCUUGUCUUCUUUGAUGAUGGUUAUGCUCAGUAUUCACAGCCGAAGGAUGUACACAAAGUUUAUGAACAAAGUAAGAAUGUCUGGGAGGAUAUUCAUCCAGAUUCUCAGGAAUUCAUCAAGGAUUAUCUCAUGGCAUACCCUGAGAGACCUAUGGUCAGAUUGGCAAAAGGGCAACAUGUGCAAACAGAAUGGAAUGGAAAGUGGUGGAAGGCCAAGGUGGUGGCUGUGGAUGCCAGUCUGGUUCACAUGUACUUUGAGGCUGAUAAAAGAUCAGAGUGGAUUUAUCGAGGCUCUACGCGUCUGGAACCUUUAUUCACUGCAUUGGCCAAUGCUGAGGCUUCUAAGAGAUUAGGGAGUGCCAAGAAGCAGAGACUGAAUGCAAAGGUCAACACAAUCAUGAAAGGUGCUAAGAAACCUGUGGUAGAAUACACACGAGGAGCAGAAGAAGAUCUGUUCAAGAGGCUACAAUCUGCACAAAGUAGACCAUCAUCAAAUAGUUCCACAAGUCCAAAACGUGCUGUUGCUAAGAAGAGCACUGCAGUGAAAGGGAAAAAGCCAGGAACUGCAUUUCAAAAGAAAAAUGAAUAUUUGGCCAGCAGUAUUAGCAAUAGAACUAUAGGCAAAGACAUGGCAUCUGUAUUGCACGAUAGGUUCAACCAAGUAGAUGAAGAGGCUCUAGGUGAAAGGAUUGAUAUAGACCCUCUACCUGAGAGAAACACAGUCAGAAGGAAAUUCAAACCACAUACCUGUAGUCCUGAUUGUCUUAAGGAUGCUAAUGAAGAUCCAUCAAAGUACAGGGGAAAUAAUCCACUUCUGAUUCCAAUGUUAUGUGGCUGGGAGAGGCAAUUAGCAAAGAUGAAAGGAAGUGGUAAAAGGGUGGUCUUCUACAGGGCACCAUGUGCUAGAAGACUUAGGACCUUAGAUGAAACUGACCGCUACUUGGUUGUUACAGAUUGCAGGCUGACCAUUGAUCUUUUUUGCUUUAGCCAGUUUCUACACACUCACAGUGAAUUUGUGCCAUUAAAGACAUUCUGUGAUAUCAAAGACUUGUCCUAUGGCAAAGAGACUGUUCCCAUCUCCUGUGUAAAUGGCAUUGACCGCCAGUACCCUGAGUAUGUGGAGUACUCUAACCAAAGACUCCCUGCCAGAGGUGUCAAGCUGAAUCUGGAUCCAGACUUCUUAUCAGGGUGUGACUGCACUGAUGGCUGCAGGGACCACACAAAGUGCAGCUGUCGUCAGUUAACCAUUCAGGCGGCUGAAGCUAUUCCAAACCAGAUGGUUGAUGGUAUUCCUGGAUACCAACACAGAAGACUGGUAGACUCCUUACGUACAGGAAUCUUUGAAUGCAAUUCUCGUUGCAAGUGUGACUGUAGGUGUGUGAACAGGGUUGCACAGAAUGGUCAGCAGCUCAGACUUCAGGUUUUCAAGACUGAGAAAAGGGGCUGGGGCCUUCGCUGCCUUGAUGACAUACCUGAGGGAGGGUUUGUCUGCAUAUAUGCAGGACAACUCCUCACAGAACAAGGUGCUAAUGAGGAUGGUCACAACUAUGGAGAUGAAUACCUGGCAGAGUUGGACUACUUAGAUGUGGUAGAGCAAAUGAAGGAGGGAUAUGAGGCUGAUGUUGUAGAUCCUGAUGCUGAUGAGGGUGUGGGUGAGGAGGUUGAAGAGGAAGAAGAGGAGGAGGAGGAGGAUGAAGAUGAUGAGGGAGGAGACUCAGACAGCACUUACUCUGGUGAAAAAUACAUUGGCAAGGAGGAUUCUUCAGAAAGUGGAGCUCCGUUUACUCUGCGUCAGAGGUCCACAAGGAGAAGGGAAGCUGACAGAAGUAGGAGUGGUGAACGCAGAGAUGAGAACAUCAAGCUAGUUAUCAGGAGAGAUUCUGCAGAGAAGGGACAGGAAUGGUCUGUAAAACCAGCCAAGGAAAAGUCAGACCCCAUUAAAGAAAAGACCGCUGAAUGGGUACGGAAGCUUCCAGAAUCUCAGCCAAGGGAUGAAGAUGAUGUCGUGGUCCUAGACAGUGAUGACGAUGAUGAAAGAGGAGAAGGGUCCAGCCAGUCAGAUGAAUUACCUGAUUUAGAACCUUCAAGCACACCUGUGCUAGGUAGGAAAAUAGGUGGUGACUCAAGCCACGGGAAGAGUUCAGAGAGACCCAAAAAUUCUUCAGGAAAGAAAAUAAGGAUGAGAGAAGACUCUCCCAUUGCAACAGAUGUCACAGACUGGGAUGACACAGAAGAAGAACAACCAGCUAAGCAGUUCAAUACAGCGCGUAAGAAAACGGCUGCUGCUUCUCGUUUUAAGAACUUGCCUGACCCCAAGGCCCAGGAUGCUGUGGCACCACUGAAGAUCAAGUUAUCCAAAAUGGAUCUCUCCAGAACAGAGAAAACAGAUGAAGAGGAUGCAAAGAAAGACAAACCCAAAUUUCCUUCCAUCAGGUCAUUCUUCAAUGAGGAAUUUUGUUAUGUAAUGGAUGCCAAAUCCAUUGGUAACAUUGGCAGAUACAUGAAUCACAGCUGUAUGCCCAACAUGUUUGUGCAGAAUGUAUUUGUUGACACCCAUGAUCUCCGGUUUCCCUGGGUGGCCUAUUUCUCCUCUCAGUAUAUUCGUGCUGGCACUGAGCUGACUUGGGAUUACAAUUAUGAGGUUGGUAGUGUCCCUGGGAAGAUACUAUACUGUUACUGCGGAUCUGCUGAUUGUAGGGGAAGAUUACUGUAGCAAGGCCGGCAGUAAUUUUGUAUUGUCAGGGUCCAUUUAGAGGCAGAUUAUAAGCUGUCCCCCUUGAGCCUCAGUCUUUGAGGAAUGAUUGCUGAACCUGUAAACAACAAGCAAAAGAGAAAAAACAGUGUAUGUUGUCUAGUCAGUAGUGAAGUGUUAUCAAAAAUGCCAUUGUAGUUUGGAAAUAACACAAUAUGGAUUGUGUGGAAAUUGUCUUGUUCAGAAGUUCAAUGUAAACAUGAUUUAAUUUGAAGGAGUGUGCAACCAUCCUUUUGCAUCAGGUUAUGGAUUUUAUUGAAGAACUCAAUGGGAGUAUGGUUGUGAAACAGGGGAUGUUCUUUCCAAUUAAGAGACUUAAAUAUGACACCAUAAUUUAGUUUUUAUGAUAAGAUUUUUUUUCUUUUGUACUGUUACAUGUUCAACAAAAGCCAGUUUAACAUUCUUUAUAAUACAGUAGAGAUCAUCAUAUUCAUCUAUGGGUAAGUCUGAUUAAUUUUUGAUACAGAAAGCUAGCAAUUUUUUCUGGACUAGUUUAUGUAGGUAGUUUCAUAUCUUUUGUCACUUCUCAGGUGUUUAUAUAGUGUUGUAAGUUAAUAAAAGUUAUG